GUUCUUUUGUGUAUUUCACUGUAUUGCGCAAUUCAGUCUCAUAUAGGUUUAAAUCAAUAUUUUCUUCAUGUUGAUAAAGUGUAGUUUCGUUUUAUUAUUUAGAAAUGGAUGUCAACAUUGUAGAAGGGAUAUUAUCAGAUUUUCAGGCUGAUGUGAUAGUUAACAGUACAAACCCGGCUCUGAUGUUGGAUCUUGGAGGGUUGUCACAAUCUUUAUCCAGGAAGGCCGGUCCUGACUUGCAGAAAGAAUGUUCCCAAGCAUAUCCUAACGGAAUAUUAUUUUGUGAAGUUGUGUCAACCAAUGGAUAUGGUCUGCACUGCCAGAAAGUUUAUCACGUGUCAGUAUGCGCCUGGGAUUCCGAGUUCGCGGAUGCCCAAUGGAUAUUGAGUGAAGUGACGACUGGAUGUCUUAGAAAGGCACAUGAGGACAUUAUGACGUCUAUAGCAUUUCCGACACUGGGUUGUGGAUUUCUGAGCCAUCCUCCCGAUAUCGUUGCAAACAUCAUGAAACAAUAUAUUGCACAAUUUCAAGAAGCAUUCCCAGUUACAACAUUAAAACAAGUGUUUGUUGUCGUGUUCACCAAAGCCAGAGACUAGGAACAUAUUACAAAAGCAUUUCAUCUAGUGUUCGAAAAUAAGGACAGAUCUGUAACAAGUAUGAACGCCAAACCUCCAUUGAACAAACCUUACAGUCUACCUACAGAUGUUUCACAAACGUGUAUACGUGAAAUGAAAAAUAACUCGUGCGUGAAAGUGCUGUUUUGUGGUCACCAAUGUGCAGGGUAUCGGGAUGAACCCCAGUGUCCACCCUGUAUGGACAAGGACUGUAUACACAAAGGUCAUGGCCAGACAGGGGAUGACAAUUGUGCCGUCUGCUACACGGACCCACUCAGGACUGCACCGUGUAUCUUAUUAAAUUGUGGGCACAAAUAUCACCUUCACUGUGUAAAGAGAAUUCUCGAGAACAAAUGGGUAGGACCGAGGAUAACUUUCAAUUUUAUUCUCUGUCCAAUGUGUAAGCAACCCAUGGAUCACCCAGAACUCCAGUCACUUUUAAAUCCAAUUCACGAACUUUACGAGGAAGUUAAACGUAAAGCCUUGACAAGAUUACAGUAUGAAGGCCUUGAGAAAUCAGACCAGAUUAUCAACAGUGCUAGCCCGUACUACAAUAAUCCGGAACAGUUUGCCAUGGAUAGAUACUGCUACUAUUCCUGUUUUAAAUGCAAGAGAUCCUUUUUUGGAGGCGCGGCGCAAUGUGAAGAUGGAGCAGAUGACGUGAAUCUAAAACCGGAAGAGAUGAUUUGUUCCGCAUGUAGUGGAUUACAGGGAGUGCUGAACUGUAAUAUCCAUGGUACAGACUUUACAGAGUAUAAAUGCCGGUAUUGCUGCACGGUUGCCCUGUUCCACUGUUUUGGUACCACUCAUUUUUGUAACGAAUGCCACAAUAACCAUGGCAGAAUGACAGGGAUGGGUAACAACUUGCCAAAAUGUCCUGCUGGUCCAAACGGAAAACAACUCACAGGGGACUGUCCACUGGGGAUUGAACAUGCGCCAAACGGAUCCGAAUUUUGUUUAGGUUGUGGCCUCUGCUCUAACUUACAAUCCUUCUAAAUUGUGACUUUGUACGUAUGAUAGAUGGACAUGCUUGUAUUUGUUUACUGUAAACUUUUCUUGCUGAAUAAGACUACAAUUAUUCAACCAGGACAAAUUUAUUCAAGUGACCUUUAUUUCAUCUGACAUUUUCUGAGAAUCUUGUUUAUGUAACCACAUGAACCAGUGGGCUAAAAAUGUAUGUUAAAUCAUUUCAUAAAUAAGACAGCAAUGUGUUCACUGUGAUACCAUUAGCAGUACAUGUAUAAAGUACCUUAAGUAUCAUUUAUUUGUAUUAAAGAGAUAAGUAUUAAAACAUAAAGCAGACUAUAUUUUCCAAAUAAUGUUUCGGCUUUUAAAUGUCAACGCGCUGUUCAUUCCAAACAUAUUUUCCGGUUUGGACAAUAACCGAACGUGCCCUAUAAAGAAACAUUUUAAAAAAAGAAUAAAAAAACAAAAACAACAACAAAAAAAUAUAUAUUUUGUUUUAAUCAGUGAAAUACUGAGUUUAAUCAGUAUACAUAUACACUGAUACAGCUUUGCCAGUUAUUGUUGUCAUGCAUUUUAUUUUUUAUUGAAUAAAUUUACUUUGAAAUAAGUUA